AAACACUAGUUUUUUUCUUCAAAUUAUCCCAAACGAACUGACACAGUUUAAUUACAUAACAUGUCGUUUAGCUGACAUGUAAUGUAAUUGCUGGCAUUUAAUUAUUACAUUUUAGGAAGUAUUGGUUGGUCUUUGUUCACAAUAUGCUGAAGCUGCCAUCUACAGUGUGGCGCGUUUAAGAAACACAAGGCAAUAUCAGGAUACAUAAAUAGAAUUUAAAACCAUUUAAAGAAUUUGCAAAAUUUAAAAAAAUGAUGAAAUGGAAUUCAUAUUAAAUAGAAAAAGAAGUGGCAUUACCCAUUAAAGUAGGUUUCAUAGUUUUAAUUUCGGGUAUGUUUUUUUUGUCCCAAAUGGGUCUCUUAAAGGCUUUUAAGUCAACAGAAGACACACUAAAUCUAAGUGGUUGAGAUGAUUAACGGGAGAGAAACAAGUGAAAGGUUGUGUUUUUUAUUAUUUAAUUAUAGCUUGUGAACUUUGUGUAAUACUGGAGUUUUACGUCUUCCGGCUUUGAAUUGUUUAAGUGAAACCAUCAAAAGUUUACACACUUUAAGUGGUGAUAUGCAGAAAAAAAAGGUUGUGAACCUCUGGCUUAAUCUUCAUCAAUGUAUUGUAUUUUAUGAACUUAUUCUUUUAUGUGAAAUAUUAACUUAAAUAAAUGUGGUGCAGAAAAAAGUACAAUAUAUUUUUGGUCUAAUAAUGUUGUGGUGUAUCAAAUAGCCUAAAAUGGAGAUACUCAAUCCUACCUCAAACCUGUGCUGAGGUGCAGUGUUACGGUAAAUCCGCCACAGGAGGUACACUGAUGUAAACAUGUCUCAACUUGUAGCCAUGCUGACAAACAGGAUGACAUCAGACAGGACUUCUAAUUGGCUGAUGUAGGAUUACCAUUGAAGACCAAUCACAGAUAGGCCUAUAAUGUCUGUUUGUACCCCAUGAAUAAACAAAGCGGAGUCACGUUGAUUUAAAACCCUGGCCAGUUAGUUUCCCUAUUGUCUCGUCAUUCCCGCAAACACAAUUUGGUUUUACAGUAAACGCCAGCUGAAGUUCCUCAGGGGGCGGUGACGACACGGGGUGGGGUUUCCGUAUCGUGAACGCUGUGACGUUGCCGACGGGGGCUUUCCUCCAUGACGUCAGAGGGCAGUGGCGGCGGCGGCGGAGCGGCGCGAGCGAGAGAGAGAAAGAGAGAGAGAGAGGCAUAGCGAGCUGCGGAGAUUACACAGGCUUUCUGCGCUGCGCUCCCGGGGCGCAGGAAGACUACAGGCCGCCUUCAUCUGCCAGGAGCCCCUAAACACGAAAGGAGAAAGGCGGGCACGGUAACGGAGGACCGUCUCUGCCUAGAGCUUUAUCUGUUUACGCACGGAGGGAGCCAAGAUAGGAGACGAAGUGGCCGUCGCAUCGCUCCCCAGCAUCUCCUGUCGAAGAGAUCCGGUUCUGAGCUGGAAAAGACCGUUCAGAGAGACCGGCGUCCAAAAAGAAUGAGAGGAAGACGAGUGGAGGAGCGGCUCUGAAUACAGCUGAGGAGAAUUAAAUCCUAACUGAGGAUUUAUCACAACAUUCAGACUGAACUCUGUCCUGUGGAUCUUUCAGUUUUUCUUUUUUUUUGCCAUUCUUUGGAACAGACAUUAAUCUUUUAAGUUUGACCAAGAGACUCACAGUAAUGUUUCACCUCGACGUCUGCCAGGGAGAUGAAAGACUUGCUCAUUUAUCUUCUUCGUAAACCUUUUGACCGUCGAGUUUGAGAGAAACUCUGAAAGCCAAAGGGCAUUUCUUUUUCACUUUGAACUUGCGCAGUCUCUUUCAUUUUCUGUAGUUACGUCACCGUUAUCUCACUCUUGUCUUUUCCUGAUAACGUUUUGUUGUCAUAAAAGGAAAGAAGGAGGUUACAGACGCGAGUGUCUUUCACAGAAGCCUGGAUAGCAUUUGCAUUCCAGUUUGGCUUUCACAAGGGGACAAAUCCUCCCUUGUGUGUGAUUGAGUGUGUUUUUUUUUUUUUAACUUGUGUCCCUCUGUGGUAUAUUCACGUGUCUCAGGGGACAAUAACCGACCCUGUUUGUGUCUUCUGGGGAAAUGGGAUCAGAAAAAGACUCAGAGUCGCCUCACUCCUCGGUGAGUGGUGUCCCCAACCCUAAGUGCCGUGCAGCAGGCAAACGCCAGGGCCGCAUCUCCUUUCACAGCCUCUUCCACAGCAAACGGGGAGCCAGGGGCCCCAAAGGAGCAGCCGCCCCCCCUUCAUCCCACCAUCACCAACAUCACCACACACAACAACAGCUUCUCUCUUCAGCCUUGAGCUCAGCACCCGCUGCAGCGUCUGCUACGCCCACAACAACCACCACAGACACCACUACCCUCCAGGACGCUGCCUCCAGCACGCCCUCAAAGCCGCUCUCCUCCAGCCAGCCGUCCUUGGCCGGAGCCCCUUCCUCUGGGGAGGCCACCCUCCUGGAAUGCCCUCUGUGCCUGGUGCGCCAGCCCGCCGAACAGCUUCCCGAGCUGCUGGGGUGCAGCCACCGCUCCUGCCUCUGCUGCCUGCGGCAGUACCUCCGCAUCGAAAUCACAGAGAGUCGAGUCCAGCUCAGCUGCCCCGAGUGUGCCGAAAGACUGGCCCCGCGACAGGUGGCAGACAUCUUGGAUGACGCACUUCUGCUGGAAAAGUAUGAGGAGUUCCUGCUGCGGAGGUGCCUCGCCUCUGAUCCAGACUGCCGAUGGUGCCCUGCGCCGGACUGCGGGUUUGCCGUCAUCGCCUCGGGCUGUGCCAGCUGUCCCAGGUUGGUGUGUCGCAGAGAGGGAUGUGGUGCCGAGUUCUGCUACCACUGCAAACAGGCCUGGCAUCCCAACCAGACCUGCGACUCGGCCCGCCAGCAGAGGGCGCAAUCUCUGCACACCCACAGCAGCCACUCACCCAGCUAUACACAGGAGCAGGGACCCGCUGAUGACAUCAAGCCCUGCCCUCGCUGUGGUGCCUACAUCAUCAAGAUGAAUGACGGCAGCUGCAAUCACAUGACCUGCGCCGUCUGCGGCUGCGAGUUCUGCUGGCUCUGCAUGAAGGAGAUCUCCGACCUGCACUACCUCAGUCCAUCUGGCUGCACAUUCUGGGGGAAGAAGCCUUGGAGCAGGAAGAAGAAGAUUUUGUGGCAGCUGGGUACCCUGAUCGGAGCUCCAGUCGGCAUCACCCUCAUCGCAGGCAUCGCUGUUCCCGCCAUGGUCAUCGGCAUCCCGGUUUACGUCGGCCGCAAGAUCUACGCCCACUACGAGCUGAAGAAGGCAUCUCGUCACAGGAGGAACCUGGCCAUCACAGGAGGCGUGGCCCUGUCAAUCAUCACCGCCCCUGUCAUCGCAGCCGUCAGCGUCGGUAUCGGUGUGCCCAUUAUGUUGGCCUACGUGUACGGCGUGGUGCCCAUUUCUCUGUGUCGAGGGCGAGGCUGUGGUGUCAGCCGAGGGAAGGGGCGGGGGGUACGCAUUGACUUCGAUGAUGACGAUGGUCCAAUCACAGUGGCGGAUGCGUGGCGAGCCCUCAAGUCCCCGAGCCUCGGUGAGAGCAGUCUGGACGGGGCGGUCAGCGGUCUGAGCACCACCUCCCCCAGCGAGGGCCUCUCCAUGGCCCCUGGGACUCUGGGUGACACACCCCACUUUAACACCCUGGCAGGCGGCACUCUGGGAACCCGCAGCGGCAAGUACAGCAGGCUGGAGGUGCAGGCGGGCGAGCUGGCUAGAGAAUCAGCCCCGAGGGACACAGGCAGCCUGGGAGCCGGCAGCGACUGUGCCAGCACCCGGGGAAUGGCCGGAUCCAUCAUCUCGUCCUACACACUACCUGACAGGGAGGGCACCAACCUGGAGAUCCAGGUGGACAUUGAGACCAAACCCAGCCAUCUCUGCCUGACCAGCGAAGAGGACCUAACCCCGCCCCCUGGCUCUGCUGCCAUGGCGACCGUCACAGGCGUGGAGGAACCUCAGGACUGCAGCUCCAGAAGAGGCGGGGCUUUGUCUGGCUCGGUGUCGGGACUGUCGCCGGGAGUGUCAAUCAGAGACGGACUCAGAGACGUCACCCUGGCUCAACCGGAGAGCAUCCGCAGUGACCUGGAGAUGUCGGACACUCAAUCAGACGACAUCGCCGAGCUGACGUCAGACGACUGUGACUCCCCUCACCCGAAAAGCUGCCACCUGGCGGCCGGCCAGCAGCCCCCCUCCUGCCGAGCCCUGAACCCCUCCGAAGGCCUUCACUGUCCCGCUGAGAGCAACAUCAUCCUCUACGUCUGAGAGAACUACAGCUCCCCGCGUUGCACAGAAAAACUAACAAAUCCCCCAACAGUUAACAGCUGAGCUCUCCUUUACGUCAUAGCUUUUUUUCUUUUUGUUUUGUCAUUCUUGUUUGCUGUUUUCGCGACUCACAAACACCGUCUUAAACACAGACAGGGUUUGUUUACCUUUGUCUGUCUUAUCUAUCUAACCUGUCAGUCGACUCACUGAGUCAGUUGUCAGGAUUCUACCUCUGUGAUUUAUAAGAGAAUGAUUCAUGUUUACUCCUUGGUGCAAAAUGCCAUGGCUACUUAAGCAAAAAAAAAAGAAGAAAAAUAGAGGUACAAAAUGUUAUGAAAUUAUAAAACUUAAGGUGAAAGGUCACCGAGCACAGCAGAGGGACUGUUGGGUAAUUGUUGGGAUGUUUGCUGAGGAUGAAGGGGAUGUUUUUAACUGUGUGAAUGAAUGUGGACUUUGUACUCAACUGUUGUGGCUUUCUUCUCUUCUUUUCUUCUAUUUAUAUUCAGAUGACUUUAAAAUUGUAUUAUUUGCUGCGUGCAUGAUUCUGCAUGAGCCAUGCCUUGUGUGAAAGGUUUGAAAGGGCAGCGAGUUUGUGUUACACUGAUGGAAGUUAAAGUUUACUUUAGAGGAUGAAGCUGUACUUGAAUCUUCCCUGCACAGAGGAGGAGGAGGAGGAGGGUGAGGAGGAAGACAUGGGGACAAAAAAAAACAAGACUUACAGAAAUAUGAUUGAGUUCUGACAAUGACGAGGCGAGGCCAGAAGACACUCUGGUGUAAUGCACUGAGAGAAGCCAUUUUGUUAUGUUCUAUUCAAGUCUAUGACAGUGUCGGACACGCUGGAUGUUUUGAACAGUUAAGGUCAGCCCAGUAUACAGAACAAGUCUGUUGAGAUAUACAUCACACAAAUGUACACAAAUAACCCACUGAGAAACUAUUAUAAAUUAAGUUAAUCUCAAAUGUCCUACUGGUUUCUAUGAUUCAAGCUAAAUAUGUACCUGUUUUCUGUAAUCUACAGUUAAAUGGUGAAGAUUACAAAUGGUGACCUUCUUGAAAGUGGAAAGUGAUCCAGUCUCCCUCUGGGGCUUAAACUCUACAUACUACAAUUUAAAACAGCAAAACAAUUUUAGACUCAGAUUUAAUUUCAGAUUUAUUAAAUCAACAACUCAUUGUUUAGAUGUCAAUGAAUUGUUAGCAGUUCCACCUCUUAAAAUCUUACAUGGUUUAAUUUCAAUAACCUCUUUUGGCCCAAAAAGGUCAUAUAUUUGACAUAAAAAGGCAAAGAUCCAGUCCAAUGUCUGAAGAAAUUGAAAUUGAAAAAGAUUGAACAAUACCCACUUUAAUCAUCCAGAUCUACUUUAUUUAUUUUAUAAGUGCUUGAUUUCUUUGAGCAAUAGUCCACAACCACAAAGAUAAUCAGUUUAAUAUUAUAAAUGACGAAGAUGCCGGAACCAGACACUGUUUGGAAUCUUUUGGCUUAAAAAAAAUAAAUGACAUUAUUAAUUUAUUAUCAAAGUAGUUGCUGAUUACAUUUUGGCCGAUAGACUAAUUAUUUCAGUUGGAAUUUGUGAAAUAUGGUGUAAAUAAUUUAUCCACUAAACCGGAGACCUUCAACAGGGGGUCCUCAGAGUUACUGCAGGGAGGCCCCAAGUUAAUGUUAAAUCUUUUUUGAAUAUGGGCUCUACGUAUGUUUAACAUUAAAUCAUAUGAUGUGUCAAUAUUUAUGAUUUAUUAUUAUUUGAAUAGCUUAGUAUUCUAUGCACCAUAAAAAGGUAUGUAUAAAGUCUUUAGGCCACCCUACACGUGAUUGUAGGCUCAGUUUAAAUAUGCAACUUUAUUUUAUACAAUAAAUAUAUUAGGGGGUCCCUGAUCUGUCUCUCUUUUAGCUAAGGGGUCCAUGGCCUAAAAAUCGUUGGCGACCUCUGUACCAAACAGUGAACACAUGCCUUCCAGCCUGACCGGACACCGCUUACGUCUUGGCCGGUCACUGUCAGAACUCUCUCUCUCUCUCUCUCGCUCUCUCUCUCUCUCUCUCUCUCUCUCCUCUGUGGUUCUGUUCUGGAGUUGUGUCGGUUGGUCCAGUGUUUGACAGUUGCUGCCUUAAAGACACUCACUGACCCCACGCACACACAGCAACAGAACUGGUUUUGGUUUAGUGUUAACGGCUGUCUGGCCCACUUGACACUGUGUGUGUUGUGGUGUGUGUGUGUGUGGUGUGUGUGUGUGUGUGUGUUGUGUGUUUGUGUGUGUGUGUGUGUGUGUGUGUGGUGUGGUGUGUGUGUGUUGUGUGUGUGUGGUGUGAGAGAGAAUGAACUCCUGAUGAAUGUAUUGUCCCACUUUGUUUUUGAAUGAGCACUUGUGCACUUUAUCUGAAUGUAUCGUAUCUGUCUUCUUUUUUGCUAUUCAUCAUCUUUUCCUAUAAGUGAAUUCAGUUGCAUACAAAGUCUGUGGUGCAACCAAAAUGAAUCACAUACCAUCAGGCCUUUUUAUGUUGGAUGUAACUAAAGAAGAGUUUGGCUCCAAAACAUCAUACAACCACAAAAUAAAUACUUCUUUUUUUUUUUUUUUACCAGUGAUCCAACAACAGUAGUUAUCUUAUAUCUUUAUAUUUCACUUUGUUAGUUUUUCAUUUUUCAAAAGUCAUUUUCACUUUUGGAGCCCAACACUUCAAAUAUUGACGCUGAUAAGCUCUCUAACUAAAUCAUACUUACUAGCCUGAAUUGCUUCUUAGCUUUGUAUCACCUCUGUGCUUCAGUUUAAAAAGGUUUGUCACCAGGUAUUUCCCUUCAGUCUGCGGGGAAUCCACUUGGGAACAUUUUUCAUCUCAGAGUAGCUUUAUGGAUUUAGCUGCUUAUACAACUUGGCAGUGUUUUGUUUGGUCUGCACUUAACACUAGUUUCUGCCUGCCUGCCUGUGAGAAAACACACGAAUGUUCCACGGACCGAAACCCAAACUUCCUGAAAGAGUCUGAACGAGUGUUAAUGGGAAAAAAAACGUAUUAAGAACACGGUGGCCCUGUCCUUAUUUGAAAAAGUUUUAGAGUAUAUAGAUAGCAAUAUUUAAGUGUUAUUAUAUUGUUUGUGUAUUUCCUGUUAAAGCCCCGCCCCGUGUGGGCUUGUACAUGCAGGACUGUGAAAGACAACUUGUGGACCUUUGAGGAAAAAAUAAAUAAAUCUGAUGUUGCACCAAA